CGCCAAAGUUUAUUUGGUGAACAUGUUAAUAAACAGUUGCCUAUUUACUUAUUCAAUUUACUUACAUAUGUGUCAUUUCCAUUUCACUUAAACUUAAAGUCAUCUCUCUUUAAUUUAGAGAUGUGAGCGUUUAGCCACCUGAAAAUGAAGUCCAAGCCACAUAUAUAUUUAAAUUUUUUACUAUAUUUUUUAUUAAUGCAACAUUUAAAUGCUAAAUAAAUCUAUUGUAAUGUAUGUAGUUCUUGGUGUCACACUCCAGACUCCAUACACUUUUUGUAGCUCUUUAAUAGUUUGCUUCAUCACUGCAGAAACUAAGAUCACCGGUAAAGUUUUUUUGGGGGGGAAUGCAUUAUUUUACAGUCAGAAGGAGUCCAGGAAAGACUUUAUAUCAUAUUUGAAUGAUGCAUUACUGUCCAUUUUCAUCUCAUUUUAUUUUGAUGUGAACUUUUCCACCACUGAUCACGUCUCAGUUCAUGGUCUUGCAUCUUCACAUUUUAUAGCUCUCUCAGUUUUUUUUCCUGAUUAAUGAAACACAAUAGUCUGUUAUUUUCCUCAUGGACACCAAUUUCCCAGUUCUGUUCACUUUUUUAAUUUUUAAUUUUUUUUUUUGGUUUUAAUGGGGAGAUGGAAAACAAGUGCUGUGAAUGUCAUCAUUAACCUGCUUUCCAAACAAAUUAGCAAAGCCUGGUUCUGGAGUCCGCAGUGAGUUUGCGUUUGCGGGCGACGGAUCAAAGCCUGCUGUAGACGGAGACGCUGGGGAGGGCGUUGACUUCAUGGGAGCUUCCUGCUCCCUGGACCCAGGAAACGAGGCGGUGGGAGAGUGUGGGAAGAGGCUAAGUGACUCUUUAUGGGCUUCUGAAGACCUCAGCUGCGGGUCAGAGAUUAGACGGGACGUACCGGCCAGCAGGGGGAGCCCUGAGCGGACUGGAGCUGCGGAUUCUCAGAGGGCGAUCAGCCUGGACGCCUCCGAGUGCCUGACUGAAAUGAGCAAUCUGUCUUUAGUUCGCAGCAUGGCUCUGGAAGACCUGACAUCCAUCGGAGACCGAAGCUUGUGGGUUAAUCAAGGAGAGGAGCUCGACUCUGAACAAACAAAAGAUGGAGUGACUGCAGAUAGAGACUCUGGAAGCAAAAAUAUCUCCCCAGAAACACAACAGCCGCCUCACACCCAAAGUCUGUCGCACUCUGGCUUUGAUUCUCAUUCAGAAGAUCCUCAUCCAGCACGCAGCAGUAGGAACAUUUCCGAGAAGGAUAGCCUUUUUACCAAAAUGCCAUCUGGCACGGCAACUGAAAACAGCAGCAGUGACUCAUCGUUACAUAGGGCCAGCUAUUCAAGGCCUGACAUUUCUAAUGACUCUGACAUGAGGAGCAAUGUGGUUCAGACCACCGGUACCGCUGAGCUCCAGAAAACACCCCCCCAAAGCUCUCCAGCCAGAAAGUCUUUGGUGCCAGUCGCAAUUUUCAAAGCUCAAGCAAAGAUGGAUAACGGCUCUGCAGACAAGACUCAAACUGCCACCAAACCAACCUCUUCUCUUAAAAGACCAUCCAUAGUCACCAAGGGCAACAAAUCACACGCUUCCUCCCGAAACGGCCCCAGCUCCAUCCCCAUUAAAGCCAACAGCACAGGGCCCAGGCAGCCCGGAAGUCUUGGUGGUGCAAAGUCUCAAACCCCUGGAGCCAAAACUUCUGCCAGAACUGCAGCUCAGCCAGCUAGUGCCAAGAAACCUCCCACUCCAAAAAAUGAAAAAGAUGCCCAGAGCGGACAGAGCAGCCCUGGUACUCCAAAAUCUCCCUCUAGCCAAGCCCUUGCUGCGAAGGCGGCGGCUGAGGCCAACAAAGUGAAGAAGGUGGCAGUGGUGCGUUCUACGCCCAAAUCCCCGGGCUCUCUGAAGAACCGCCCGCCGGCUCCGCUGGCUGCAGCAGCGCCCAUGCCAGACCUGAAGAACGUCAGGUCCAAGAUCGGCUCCACAGACAACAUCAAACACCAGCCUGGAGGUGGAAAGAUCUCAGCAAUGUCUUCGGUACAAAUCCUUGAUCAGAAGUUGGAUUAUAGUAAUGUCCAGUCUAAGUGUGGCUCCAAAGACAAUGUCAAACAUGUACCCGGUGGCGGCAAUGUCCAAAUCCUCGAUAAGAAGCUGGACUUGGCUAACGUCCAAGCUCGUUGUGGUUCGAAAGACAACAUAAAACACACGCCUGGUGGAGGCAAGGUACAAAUUCUUGAGAAGAAGUUGGACUUAAGCAAUGUGCAGUCCCGAUGUGGCUCCAAAGAUAAUAUAAAACAUGUACCCGGUGGUGGCAAUGUUCAGAUUGUGCACAAAAAGAUCGAUCUGAGCAACGUUCAGUCUAAAUGUGGAUCGAAAGCCAACAUUCAUCAUAAACCUGGUGGUGGAAAUAUCGAGAUCAAAAAUGAGAAGCUGGAGUUCAAAGUCCAGUCCAAGAUCGGCUCUCUGGACAACAUUGGCCACGUUCCUGGAGGUGGACAGAGAAGGAGGGAGAAGGGGAAGGAAGCAGAGGGGAGUACCUCAGACAGCCCCUCUAUCCCCUCCCCCGCUGUCACCCCCCCUCAGUCACCUCAGACUGUCCCUUCAGCACCCAUCACACCCAUCUUGACGAACCCUCACAUAAAGAUUGAGGACUCCUAUUGAGAGCCACAAACUGAGCUUCCGUGAGUCAGCCAAGGCCCGCACCGACCACGGCGCUGAGAUCAUCUCUUUGGAAGACUCCCCCCACCAGCUCAGCACCGUGUCCUCCUCCGGCAGCAUCAACAUGGCCGACUCUCCGCAGCUCUCCACGCUGGCUGACCAGGUGUCUGCCUCUCUGGCCAAACAAGGCUUGUGAAUGCACCCGCCCCCCCUCCACCUCCACCUCCACCUCCACCUCCACCACACGGCCACAUAGAGGAGUUGUGAUGCCUUCCUCGUUAUUUUCACAGGACUUUUUUAGCUACCCGUCACUAGUUUAUCCUUCACUAACCUUUGAAACUGUUCUUGAGGCGUUACUUGUAGAGGUCUUGAGAAAAAAAAAAAACAGAUUAACAAGUAGGCCAAAAUGUAUUUAGUUUCUCUCUGUGGUCUUUGAUCUCUUUAUUUGCUAUUUCUACCUUUUGUAAGUCUCCCUUUAAGAGUUAAAGCACCCCAGCAGAGCAAAAUUCUCCCUGUGAAUCUGAGGAAUUAAUAUAUCUUCAUGCAUAUCCUGGUAAAUCUGACAUCACUUGGUUUCCUGUCACAUUGACUGUAAACCCUUUUAGAAAGUUAUCUUUUUAAUGUCCCCUUUGAUGGGUGCCCCCUGAUGUUUGUAUUUUUGUUUGUUUUGGGGUUUUUUUGGAUAAAAAUACAGAAUAUCAACUUUUGAAAAUGGAGGGAGACGCAGACUGUUGGGGUCCGGUUUGUGCUAAAGCAGAAGGAACAGUUACAGGGUACGGCGAGGGGUGUUGGAGGAAAACUGUUAAAAGAAAAGUAGCAAAUGUUUCGUCAAGGCAGAAAAAAUGCUUUCAGACCUCACUGCUGUCUUUGCUUUGUGUAGUCCCGACGUGCUGCUCCUCGAGCUACUGUAGGCGACAGGGGUGUAACCUGGAUUAAAAAAACAGAACGGCUAGAGUAGAAACUUUGGUUUGUGUUGGGCACAGUUUUAUAAUCGUAUUCUGUGGAUAAAUGACCUGUAUUUGAUAUGAAGAAACAUUUGUAUUGUGCCUGCUACUGUCAGUGUUAAUUUUUUUUUUUGUUACUGCUCAGUUGUAAAUGCGCUAAAGCUUGAUGUAUGAGGAGGAAAAACUUUCCUUAAGGCAUUUAAAGUGUAAUUUCAUGGCCUAAUUAUGAAGAGGAAGGUGAGUUCAUCAGUUCAGCUCAUCAUUGAUUACAGUAUUUAAACUGCUAUAUGCACAUAAAAGGUAGGUAGAAUAAUGUUCAUCGCAAUUAUUGAAAAAUUAUAACAAUUCUUAAAGCGAGACUAUGUAAACAGAGGCCACUACAAGUGAAAAUGGUGAGGUAAUGCUAAACUAUUUAUCAUUUAGCUAAAAGAUAUUGUAACAGUAGCACAAGUGUCGAGGAGUCAUAAAGUGAGCGCACUGACUCUGUAAUUGUAUAUUUACAUUAGCCACCACAAGCUGCUGGUCACACCAGACCACGUCAGGCUGUAGCAACAAAAGCCCUCAGUGUGUUUAACUAUGCAAGGGUGCGUUUUAUUGCUCAUGAAGUCGACUUUUCAUUUGUAAGAAGAAGAUUGUGUUUGUUUCUUCUCUCAAACGUUACAUAGUCUCCCUUUAAAGGUUGAAAAAAAAAAAACAACCAAACAACUAGUAUUUUAAGAUUUACUCAACCGGAGUGAAUAGGACUGUCUUGCAAAGCAGAUGGAUGGAUGGAUGUUGGACGGACGGGUUGACUGGGCCAAGUUGAGAUGAGGGAUUUGGAAAGCAACAAGAGGAAACUGUACAGCAAUGAGUUAGUUUGCUUGGGCAGUUAAUCGUUAACAUCUGUACACUGUAGAAACACAGGAUUCAUCAGGAUGUGGCACUCAGCUGGUUACUUUUAUCUUCUGCGAUCAAAAAAUACUUGAGUUCUCUGCAAAGCAAACGCGACACUGCGUGGCCAAAGGUAUGUGGACGCCUGAAUAUUACACCCAAAUAUGAUUGUGAGUGUUUCGGUUUCCACCACAUGUUGGAACCUGGCUGCAGAGAUUUGCUCCCGUUCAGACAGGUCCCGUGUGAUCAGGUCUGGCUCACAGUCGGUGAUCCAGCUCAUCCCAAAGGUCUAAAACAGGAGUUCUCAACCUUUUUUGGCUUGUGACAACCCUCCUAGUUUUAGUUGAAUACUUUUUAGAGGCCUGAAAAGGGAAACGUAUUUUGCACAGUGGAAAAGCUGCUUUCAUUUCCUGUUAAUCAUCUCAUGACCCCUCAAAGAUAUCUUGCAACCUCUAGUGCGGAAGUAAAGAGUAAAACAUCGUAUGCCUUAACUGGAACUAAGGGACCCAACCCGAACCAUGAAGAACCCCAGACCAAAAGUACACAGAAGUAUAAUAAGUUGUCCACAUACUUUUGGCCAUAGUGUAUUUCAUAUCAAGGACACAGAUUGAGGGAGUUGUUACACAUUUACUUUCCCAUGAGGCUUUAUUUAAAGAAUCUUGUAUUUGUUAGAUGAAAUGAAUGCAACCAGCUGGAGAUUCAUUACCUGUUUCCUGAGUUUUUCCACAAGAACAUGUUCCCUUAAAAAUAUUCUGUUCAUGUGCUCAAAAACAUCCUAAUGUUGAUCAAUAUUCCUGGUGAUUCAUUACUAUUACUCGCAUUAAUAUUAUGUGAAACAACUUCUUGCAUGCACCUCAUGUAAGAGACAGCCGUCUGCUUGUUGCCUUCCUUUCAUUAAGCGGUCUCUUUAUAUCCUGUUUAUAUAUAUGCUCUGGAUUUGGAAGGAUAUACUGAUCUAAGACUUUAAAAAAAAAAAAAAAAAGUGGUUAUAAAGAGUAAAAACAUCCCACACUUUGCUCCCAACUGUGUAUGUUGAGAUUAAAUCGUAUCUCUAUGAUCACAGCGACGCGACACGUAGGACUUAAGGGUGUGCUUGCAACAUUAUCUGCAUGCUAAAUUCUUGGUUCUGUUUUCAAAUAGACCACAUUCGUCUCAGUGUGCAGGACAGACGUGGGGGCCGAGGGGUGGGAGUUGCUCCCACUGCGCAGGGGAGAAGACCGAGUGUGCGGUACAGUUUGUGUGCUUUGGUGGUCCUCUCCACGUAUCUCUUUACUGGAGCUGUCGGAGAGGUUUCUGCAGUAACAAAACGCAACACCAUUUUUUUUGGUUACUUCUGACGCUGUACAGUUGUGGAAAUGUGAUUGUUCUCGUUAUUGUGCAUUUUAUCAAUAACUGGUUUAUGAUGAUUCUUGUUGCUGUAUAUGUGUAUUUGACAAUAAAUGCUAUGAAGUCAC